UUCAUUAUUACAAAUUGCUUCAAUCAACAUCAAACUAAUUCAGUUAUUUUUUUUUUUAAUUAUUUUGGCAAAACAAAAUUUCCAACGUUUCUUAAUUUUAACAAUAAAGAACACCAUAUAUUUUGUAUAAUUUUCUUCGUUUUUUUUUGUAAAAUAGAGAUAGAAGAGAUAGAAGUUAUUUAAAAAAACCAUGAACUGUUCAGCUUGUGGAGUAAAUAAAAUUGGUCCCGAAAUUGAUCCUUUUGGUGGCUAUUUCUGUAGCAAUUCACAUCUUCAGUGCAAUGAAUGUAAUGCCUCAAAGAAUGGUCAUUGUGGUCUUUGCCGUGCCAGUACAAAAUUUAUACGAAUGAAUUUCAAUUCACCCAAAUCCUCAGGUGAACAGCCAUUACAAUCGACACCACAUUCAAGUUUAUUUUCUAAGGAUCAACCCAUAUGUACAGCUUUCUCAAAUCAAAUGUUUGAAGAAAUCGAGACACAAUCUAGACUAUCCAAGGAACAUUUAAGUAUGAAAGAUUCUAGGGAAUCCAUUGGCAGGAAAUCAAAUGAAACCGGUGCCAUUGUCAGUGUAAGUGAUGUGUUGACAAUAGAAAAACAUUGUGACGAACAUCUGAAUAUCAUGGAAACUUUAUUUAUUGGUAAAACAUCAGCAGAUAAUUCGGCCUCCUUCAUUGAUAAUCCAGUUCAUCAAGAUGUCGGAACAAGUUUAAAUGUUGGCGGGAUUUCAAAAGUUGAAAAUGAAAAAUCAUUUAAUUAUUGCCCCAAGGAAUUAGAGGAUAUGAAAAAAGAAAAUGUGUUUUUAUUUGAUAAGGAUCCCAAUGAUUCCUAUUAUAUACGUACAUCUGAAAUACGUUUUUUGGAUUCAACUGAUAGUUUUCAAAAUGUAUAUACCAAAACAGAACCCGAGGAUCUGGCGUGCCCAUCAAGUAACAAUGAACAACAGUGGAAUUCCCUAUCGGUAAAAGUUCUACGUGAUUUUGAAACUCAAAACUCUGCGGAUAGAACAGAAGUUGUUAAGAGUUAUUUAGAGAAUUGUAGUCCAACGACAUUUUAUCACUCGCCCGUCUACAAUUGUCAGCAUUCUCACUGUGACCUUGGAUGGCGAACAAGAAAGUCAAAAAUGGAAAUGACCAUGAAAACCGUUAGUGUUUCGACCGAUUCAGAUCCAAGUCUUAAAUCUAUCUGCUUAGAUAUAACCAAUGAGAAAUUGACCACCAAAUUUAAAUCUCAUGAUUAUUUAAUUAUGCAAACAGCGGGAAUUUCCCCUCAUGUGCAAUGUUCUGCUAUUGAACCCUUAGAUAAAGAUGUUAAACCCAGUAUGGACAUUCGUAUGCAGAAAAUUUUGAAGACCUUUAAAGAGGAUCCGAAACAAACAAAAUUUAGCGAAAAGUCAAAUGUAAUUAAACUUCCUACACAAGUUCCAGCGAAACAACCGCAGGAGAGAGAACAUAACGAGAUACGAAAUUUAAAAAAUGAAGACAAAAGCUCUGUUUUAAUUAAUAGAUUAUUAAACACACAUCGGGCAUUUUAUAAUCCUUCAAAUUCACAAAUAUCUCCGGUAAAUAAUUUACAUCUGCUGCGACAACAUCAACCUGAACAACAAGAACCUCCUUUGCCACAGUUUCAAAUAGUGCCCUGUUCUAACGCUUUGGCCAAAGAACUUCUUCUAAAUCAAAAGAAGCUUUUAAGUUUUAAACCGGUUCCCGCCUGUGUGUUGAACAUACCCCGCUCACCCAUACAAUGCCCUGAAUCUACUUGCCAGCGCAUGAUAUUUGUAUCGAAUUUCAAUAAACAUUUGGUUGUUGACCACAGCCACCUGCCCAUGGAACGCAUUACUCCUUACCAGUGCAAAAAUUUCUUUCUGGAUGCACGUUUGGCCCACUGCGGCACUAGUAAAUGCCACCUGUUGUAUUUAAUGCGUGAUAAAAUUACCGAUUUGGGAAGCAGUGAAUAUAAAGAUUUUCUUCCCAUCCUGGUCAUGACCACUCGCAUUUCCCUCAAUGAGUUGUGUGGCCUAAGAGAUCAAACAUCAGCCUUGGAGUUUUUCCUUAUUUGGGUAACUGGUAUUGCGCCCGAAGAAUUUCCCACAUCGGUGUCAUUAACCGUUUGGUCCAGAUCUGGCAGAGUACCUUCGUGUCAUGUUGUCUACUCGGGACAAAUGUACUCCAUACGAAAAUCCCAGCGUGCUUUAGAUGUUUGGCAAAGUGGUCGUAUGCUUUUAUUGUCGGCCCAUGAAAUUGAUACUCUGACUUGUAAUGGCAAGGAAAUGCUGAAUUUACAAUUACGCGUUCACUGAAAAAGGCAUGGGAAUAAUAUAAUUUAAGAACAAAUUGAAUGUUUUGGAGUUACGUGUCUUGUUAAUGGGUUCAUUAAUAUGUACAUAUAUCCUUACAAAUAUAUUUUUUAAUUAGUUUAUUUUAAAAAUUUCUUAUAUAAAACUAAAUAGAUUAUUGAUCUUUCAGAUUAGAAAUUAACAAAUUAUACUUUUUUAAACCGUAACCUCAUUUCUAGAAUUAUAUAUGAAUAAUAUUUUAUUCGAGAUGUUUAUAAUCC